UAAGAAACUUGAACUGACGUCUUAUUGUAUUUAUCUUAUCUUAUUAUAGUUUACAUGUCAUUCACUAGUCUCAAUAUUAUUGUAUUAAAGGCAAUAUAAUUAAAUUAUACAAAAAAGCCAACAGAAAAGCAAAACCAUAGCGAAGCGAAACAAUAUUUUUUAUAGAAAUUAAAUAAUCUUUUUUUAUUAUUAGAUAAUGAAAAUUUGCAAGAUUAGUCAGAUUAUUUUUUAAAUUUUAUUUCUUCCCUUAUAAUAUUCUAUAAGAAAAGUGCAAAUUGAAUGUUAACUAGGCCCUAAAAUGACGGCCAGUCUGACUAUCAGUCUUAAAAGAGUAAAUAAAAUUUAUCAUGAAGGUGAAAUAAUUGCUGGGGUUGUGAUUGUGGACACAGCAGCUGACUUAAGACAUGAGGGUUUAACACUUACAAUGGAAGGCUCAGUCAAUCUACAAAUCAGCUCCAAAAAUGCAGGAAUCUUUGAUGCAUUCUCUAAUAACAUCAGGCCAAUUAAUUUAAUAAACACAUCAAUAGAGCUAGCUGCAGCUGGCAAAAUGCCUAUUGGAGUAACUGAAAUUCCGUUUGAAAUGCCUCUUGUGGGUCGGCAAAGCUCAAUGAGUCUUGGACUACUAGAGACUUAUCAUGGAGUUUUUGUAAAUGUAAUGUACACUCUCAAGUGUAGUAUGAAGCGGUCAUUCCUCAAUAAACCACUCAAUGCUAGUUGUCAGUUUUUUGUGCAAUACAAACAACAAGAGCGUCCACCGAGCAAGCCAGUGCGCUGCGAGGUUUCGCCAGCUACACUCCGUGCGGGCGGUGGUGCUGGUGCUGCGCGCGGGACGGUGCCGCACUUCCAGCUCUAUGCAGAAAUAGACUCCACCGUGUGUGCACUCGAUAGACCCAUCACUGGCAAGAUCCGAGUAGACGAGUGUUCGGUUGCUAUAAAAUCGAUAGAAUUGCAGCUGGUCCGCGUGGAGACGUGCGGCAGCGCCGAAGGAUAUUCGAAAGAUGCCACGGAGGUGCAGAACAUCCAGGUGUGCGAGGGCGACGUGCGGCGCGCGCGGCCCGUGCCGCUGCACCUCGUGCUGCCGCGCCUCUUCACGUGCCCCACCACCGCCACGCCCUACUUCAAGAUCGAGUUUGAACUCAAUAUUGCAGUCAUUUUCGAGGACGACUAUUUAGUGACAGAAAACUUUCCUAUACUAUUGUUAAGAAGUAAAUAGUAUAUAAUAUGAUUAUCAGUAAACAUAAUAUGUUAAUGAUCAAUAAAUACUUAUUUAUAA